AAGGAAAAAAACAUCCUCUCUCGAUCCAUCCCCUAACGACGGAACCCGCAUAGGCACAUACGCACGCCACAGGUUCCUCAUCCUCCCCCCGAUUGCCCCAAUGCCACCUGCAAGCCAUGGGGGCCGCCCCCUAGAUGCAUUGCCGGUCCUUCUCCACGCGCCACCGCCUCCCUUACGAGGACACCCCGCCAUGGGUCUCAGUUGGCGCCACGACGGCCAUGGCCUCCCCACCCGCCGAUGCUCCAGAUCCAGCCAUCGUUGACCUCCUCUACAUCAGUUAUCCGUCAAGGUAGGGGGCGUGGCUCUAUUUAUCUUCCCGCGUGCACCGUGUCCGUGUAUCCUAGGGCAAGGGUGCUUGUGAGAUCGGGAGAUGAUCAAAAGGAGGAAGAGGAGAUCCAUGGUUGGGGAUACAUCCAACGACCUAGGCAUCAUCCUGACGUCGUACUCGAAGCCCGCAUCCACUGCCUCCUCAAUCUAUGUUAGUCUGCAGCAGCAAGGAGAUAGAAAGGAGGGUCAGCAUGAAUGGAACGUAUCCCCUUCCAGAGGACUCGCCCUAACUAGCCUGCACGGUACCCUUUCAUUAGCACUUCUCCCAGUCUUUUUGCAAAAUUUGAAUUCACCACUUUUGAAUCAUGCUUCGUGUGCGCUGACGGGCGCGCGAGGAAUGUGAUGGUUUUUCUCUGAAUCAUGUCAUAGUUCUCUCAAUAUUGUACGUGUUGUUCUCUGAAUCAUGUGGUAUUUCAAAGUGCUCUGUAUGAUAUGUGGUGGAUGGGGAAGCGGAGGCGACGACUGGUGGUUGUUCUGUUUAUACCUGGCAUGGUUCAGAGGCUAUGGAGAAGGCGUUUUUUCACUCGUAUUUGGUGAUAGGGUAGCGUACAUGAACAGAAAAAUUGUAGAAGGCGAGGAGGACAAUAUGAGCGAGCAAACAUUAUGUGGGUAUUGAGAUGUAGAUCCACCUUCACCGGCAUCAUACGCUUGUCUGUGACCUCCCACCAGCGACGCCCUGAGGUCACCCACACAAGCGACCAAGCAAUUCCACGUUGUCACCCUGCUACUUCGCCAAGGACAUCAAGGAGGUCGUGGAUGAGAGCUACUGUCCUCCUCGGAGAACUUGCCAGUGCCCCAUGCGUAUGAAGAAGAGGGAAGACACUCGCAUGGAUGCUCAAGGAAAUACACCAGAUCGGGCGAGGUUAGAUUAAGUUUCUUCAUUCUUCACUAGCUUUUCUUGUGCCUUUAGGUAUUUUAGAUAAGUAUCAUACGCUGCCCGCAAUAUGUAAGGGAAACCAAAAAGGAAUACAAAAUAUUUAUGCUUCUUUGUAGUUGUCCAUUUGGUUCUAAACUUUGAUAAAUGACAGGCAUAUUUUACAUUAAUUAAUAAAUAACCUUGAUGCACACGUGAGUUGGUUUGCAAUGAAGUGGGCAAGUAUACAUGUUCUUGUUGACUAAAUAUUUUUCAUAAAUAUAGGGGUAUGAAGAUAAUUUGUUCUUUCUUUACUCCGUUGACAACGGGUAAUGAUCUUUUUGUGUUUCAGAGUGUUACACGAUUUAUCAAGGGGAACAAAGAUGCAUAAUUUUCCUAAUCUUUUUAUUAUUGGUUGUUCCAUGCAUCUUCGGGGUAGAACAUGAGUUUUUCCUUGCAUACUUAUCCAUGCCUGAUGGCACUACACCGCAUUAGCAUACUUUAAGUUUUUCCUUGUAUUAUCUCCUAUUCAGGGUAGAAAUGCUCGGAACAAAGAAAUGAUGAAUUGUAGUGCAGUCAUUCUUGUAGUUAAAGACUAUGAAUUAAACCGAGGCGCUUAGUCGAUCAUCGGAGAAACAAGCAAUCAUAAGAGGCACGACACCGAGAUUUGUUAACGAGGUUCACUGAUAUGGCUACAUCCUCGGGGAUUGAUUACGGGCGCUCCUCCCUGUAACACCGCUACAAUACCGCACCACAGCUGCUCGGGCGCUUGGUGCCAGUUGUGGGCUACGACGUAAGUCGAUAGAGAGUCGAAGCCUAUUCAGGGGGGAAAGCGAGGUACACGUAAUUCAGACUGGAGCCCGGUAUUUUGAUGGAAACAUGAAACUCGUCAUCCCUGAGACUCAACCGGGACAGCAGAGGCUCGAUGCGGUAAUAGCGAUGAGGCGUGGGACGCGCACAUGACAUGGAGACGGGCCAAGGCUCUGGUGGUCAUACAUGGGGUGAGACAAUUGCAAAUUUGGCGGGAUGAGGACAAGCGAUAGUGAAAUUCCUUCAAGUUUCAGACACGUGGUCAAGGAAGAGCGGUGAUGUUGAGUUUAGGUAACUCUAGGACAACUCCACCGCGCGACCCCAUCCCGUCCGGCCCCGUCCGUUUGGGAUAAAAGGGACAAACCGGCCGGCCCAGCGCGCGACGACCCCGACCCAUCUGGUCCAUUUUGUGUCCGGGCCGACCCAUUUCGAGCGCAAACAUGCGCUGGGUUUGGGUCGCGGUGGACAACAAACGGACGUGUCGCUCGUCCGCGUCGGGGCCGCGUGCCAGGCGGCCACCUACCUCCCACCCGCCAACAUCAAUGCGCACGCGCGGCCGGCCCUGCCUGUCAUCCGCCCAGGCGAACGGUCGCCGUCCCUCUUAAAUGGGGAAGCUGUGGACCGGUCGUCGUCCACACUUCCCACUCCGGCCCUCUCUGCCCCCUUGAAACCCGACACCCCCAAACCCCCAAACCCUAGCCUCGAACUCGCCGGCCGCCUCGCAGCCAUGGGGCUAUGGAACCACGGCUGCAAGGGGAAGCACGACCGCGAGGCCGGCUCCUCCUCGGGAUGCCACCGCGGCUCUAUGAAAGAGGAGGCCGCAUCGCCGCCGCGCACCUCCUGUCGGGGCGCCCCGCCUGCUCCAUUCACCAUCGCCCCUAGGGCCACCGGCGAGCGCGACCGGCAGUACCUCAACGCCGACGUAUGUCGACGUUAUUGGGAGACGCGGACACCGGUCCCGUGGAGUGACGUCCACCUCCCCAACAACUGGCACCUCUCCGCCGAUCGGGUCCCAAUCCCGCCGGUCCCGAUGAGCGGCCGUGCGCGCCGUGGUGAGAUCGAGCGCCGCCGCCGCCUCCUCCCCGACGACCUCUACUACGAUAAUAGGUACGCCCUCAACUCCGUGCUCUGGGACACAUGGCUCCAGGACGGGCACGACGUGCGGCGCGCCUCCUACUUUGCCGGCACGGCGUCGGGGCCGCGGCGGCCACGUCGGGAGGUGCACGGGCGUACGCGGGUGCGCGGCCUCACGCCCACGCCGUCGCCGCCUUCCCCAUAUCCGUCGCCGCCUCCACCUCCUCGCAUGACAGCGGAGGAGGAGGCCCGGCUCAUGUAACGUGUCAUGGAGGACUCCAUGAACACGCACGAUGAGCGGCAAUGGACGGGCCUCGAGGAGACGAUGGCCCUCUUUGCGGCCGGCAACGUCGCCAUCUCCGAGCUGGAGAUGGUGGCGGUGGAGGAGGUGAUGGAGGAGGCGCCGGUGGUUGCGUUCCACCCGGGCCUGGUGGGCCAGCAGUGGAGCUGGUCUUGCACAGCUCCGGAGUUGGCAGACGCCGUGGGGGGCGUGAACUGGUACCCCACGCCGCCGCGGUCACCAGAGUGGGAGGCGUCGCCACGGGAGGAGGUGGUGCAGGCACCUGCCGCCUUCCAGCCCGCCCUCAUCUACCACGCACCGCCGGCCCACCUCUGGACGCCGUCGGACUACGUCGACCUCGUCAGCGACGACGACGACACUGGCGGCCACUAAAGACGGCGACGGCAUCGACGAGCACGGCAGGAGCGUGCGAGCGACGGCCGUUUUAUUUUUUUAUGUUAAUUAUGGCAAUGUGAACCGUGAAACUGGACGUUUUGUGGCCGUGAACCCUAACUUAUGUUUUAUGUUUUUUUAUUUGUGUUUAUUUACUUUUUUAGGCAUUUUAUUUUAGUUUUUCUGUUUUUUU